AGAUGCGAGUGUGUUUUCCUCUAGGCCCACUCGCUAGUUUUGUAUUAUCUUUGUUUUGAGCUACACACGCUUCCCCACAUUUCUCUCAUCAAUCCCGAAAAUAGUAGUUUUUUCAAACACCACACACAUCGGCAAACACUGGAAAACCCGGCCACCAAUCCUCCAGUUUUCCGUUCUCCAGCGUACCAGAUUCAACGUUUUUCCUUCAGCACAGCGUCAGAACAACCAUAUACAGUGUAGCAAGCAAGCAAAUCCGAAACAAGGUAUCCUGCAACUCUCCCGGUAAAAAGUGACUGCUGCGCCCAAGCAAUACAACCAGUGAGAACGCUUUAUCCAGUGAACAGUGUGCUUAAAAUCAGUCAAAAUAACCGCCUUCGAAGCAAGCAUCAUUGAAUCCUUCGCCGAAAUGGAGGACACCAAAAUGGUCAAGAUCGGGGACAUCAACCUGUCCGACGAUCCGGCAGUUACGCUCACCAUUCGACUCAUCAUGCAAGGCAAGGAAGUCGGAAGCAUUAUCGGGAAAAAGGGAGAGAUCGUCAAGCGGUUCAGAGAAGAGUCCGGCGCCAAAAUCAACAUAUCAGACUGCUCGUGCCCGGAACGAAUCGUGACGGUCUCCGGAUCCAGAAGUGCGAUCUACAAAGCCUUUACACUCAUCACGAAGAAGUUCGAAGAGUGGUGUUCCCAGUUUCAAGACCAAACGAACACACAGGGCAAACCACAAAUUCCAAUUCGUCUGAUUGUGCCAGCUAGUCAGUGUGGCUCUUUGAUCGGCAAGGGUGGCUCCAAAAUCAAAGAAAUUCGUGAAAUCACCGGCUGCUCGAUACAGGUUGCAAGCGAAAUGUUGCCAAACUCGACGGAACGCGCCGUUACGUUGAGUGGCUCCGCUGAAGCAAUUACGCAAUGCAUCUAUCACAUAUGCUGUGUCAUGCUGGAGUCACCGCCGAAGGGUGCCACAAUCCCGUACCGGCCAAAGCCACAGGUGAAUGGGCCGGUAAUAGUUGCCAACGGCCAGGCGUACACCAUCCAGGGUAACUACGCCGUCCCGGCACAGGAGACCUGCACAGUAUAUCCACUAGCCAUUACCGGUGGCUUGCAUGCGGGCAUCUCCGGUUUAGCCGAUCCAUUACUAAAAGGAACACAUCUACAGGGAGCGAUACCUCCACAUCAUCUACAACCGAUACCUGAUGUUUCGGGAAUCGCUAAAAAUCCGCUUGCAGGUCUAGCGGCACUUGGACUAGCUGGUGCGAUUCCCUCCAACACCGGUGGACUAAAUCCAACUGCUCUCGCCGCUUUGGCCGGUUCUCAACUGCGAACCAACAACAACCGCAACGUAGCCCCAGUACAGUCGCAAUCACACGAAAUGACCGUGCCAAACGACCUGAUAGGUUGCAUUAUCGGUAAGGGCGGCACCAAGAUUGCCGAGAUCCGCCAGAUUUCCGGCGCCAUGAUACGCAUUUCCAACUGUGAGGAGCGCGACAGCGGCAACACGGACCGAACGAUCACCAUCACCGGCAACCCGGACUCAGUCGCACUUGCCCAGUAUCUGAUCAACAUGAGCUUUAGAAGUGGUGAUGGUGGUAGCAAUGGCAGCGGCAGCACCAGCACCAGCAUCCUCCGACCGAUGCAAACUUCCGGGAUGGCGGCGGCAGCCAGCGUGCGGAACGGGAAUGCGGUGGCGGCGGCGGCGGCAGCAGCAGCAGCUGCAGCGGCAGCGGCCGCAUCCGGACCGGGCACCGCAGCCGGGCUCGGUUACAAUGGCAUGACACCGGCGGUCGGUCCGGCGGUUGCCUUUCCGUUUCUGCGCUACGGACUCAAUCUAGACCGGAAGUAAUGAGACACAGAGCAGAGCAGAGAGAGGGACACACACAUAUAGAGAUCGUAUCGGAAGCUUGGGGCGCAACAACAACAACAACCACAGCAUCACAUCCCAACACAACAAAACUGCAACAGGAGAGAGAUGAUGAGUAGGAAUGAUCGUGCAAAUGAUAGAAAACAUAACUUAAGACUACUUGUUGUAGUACUUAAGAAAGGAAGAAGGGAAAACAGAAAACAUGAAACGUAAGCUAAAUAAGAAGAAGUGAAGGUUCACACAAUCACUUAAACGUUUGUUUUUGAAGCAAAAGUGAUCUGAACUUUCGGUGAGUGCCGUUGUAACAAACAAAAACAAAGCUAGUAUGAAACUUAAAGUAGUGUGCGUGUGUAGAAAACACAGAGCGAGCGUGAGAGAGAGAGAGAGAGAGAGAGAGCAAAAAGAUUAUACAUCACAUUUAUCGUACAUAUAGUUCAAUUAUCUUUAGCAUUGGUCGGCGAACAUACUGAACGUUGGAUUUAGGUUAGGGAUAAGUUUUGUCUGCUUUUAUUGUAAAUUGUUUUGUUUGUUUUUGUGUCUUUUUAUUGUUUUUUUUUCUUUCCUUGUUUUUAGUGGUCGUCUCCAAAUUUAUGCUGCUGGGCAGAUAGUGUAAUGUUAAAGGGCAGGAUUUCAGCGUAUGCACACCACCGGCUUGAAUUGCAUAUUAGCGUUGCGGCAAAUAGUGACACAAACGUGUCUGUGUAGGUCUGUGUGGAUUUUCACCAAGCAAAUUUUGUUCCCAAAAGCGAUGCAAAAAGGUUGAUAACGCGUAGCAAAAUUACCCUCUUUUGGUCACCACCUCGUGUGGGAUGUUGAGUAUAGUAAGCUUAGGUUUGUUUUUUCGCUUCAAGGAAUGGCAUCUCGAAAAAGACACACGUAGAAAAUUAGUUCAACCGGCUGAGAAGAUGUAACAGGUUCGAAGGGAGUUGUUAUACUCAUGAAACAGCGACGAGAUGAACACGGGGAUUGUAACACGGCGAAAAUGAUAGUGAAUGUAUACGAGAGAAGAAGAUGUGUUUACUCUGAAACGUAAAAAUCUCAUAAAAAUGCGGUACAACAGGAAGAAGAACAGAAAAGCGGAGGAAAUGAAUAUGAAGACGAGAUUGGGAAAACGGCAAGCACUCGGAAUAGGAAAGCAAGGUAAGACAAAACAAAAGCAAAACAAAAACCCAUAUCGUGUUUCUUUUUAAGUGAAACGAACAUAUCGUGUGCAAUUUUCCAACUUGGAAACAACUUGAAAAACAAACAAUUGUCCUGCAUAAGGUACAUCCGGCUUGAUUUUUUUUAAAUUAUAUUCGGGGAUACUGUACGGAAAAAAGGUGUGUUUUCUUAUAAUAUACAGAAGCAGAAAAAAACAAAGCAAAUUAGGCAAAGGAAAAAAAAAACACAACAAAGGGAAGAAGCAACGGUUUAGUAGUACAACUAAGUAAAUUAAUUUUUAAAACAAUUGCUCGAUUAGGGUACGGUUUUCUUUUUUGUCUGUUUUUUGCAUUGCUUUUUGGUGCUUUUUAUUUGUUAAAUCAUUUACAUAUAUAUUAUAUACGAACAUCAAAACAAAAACUCUUAGCGUAUAACGUGUAAGACGAAAAAGACAUUUGUAAUGUUCAAAGAUUGUUAAUGUGUGUGUUUUAUCGGUGUAUCGGUGAGGAUCAUACGAUGUCGCGCGCUACACUCGUGCGUGUGUCGCCAAUUAAAUGGGCCAACUAAAUUAAUUACUUCAGUUGAGUAGAGGAGGAGGUUCUCGAGGCGGUUGACAUCAAGCUUCUUCUCGAGUGGCCAUUCACACAAACACACACACACACACACACACACACACACACACACACACCUUUGUUUGAAGCCAAAAUGCUCUCUCGCCAGUUUUUGUUUACUGCAUAAGGUUCACGGUUUUUGGUAUCAUUCACUGUGUGCUUUUUUUAAGUUUAGUGUGCAACACAAAGUACAGCGUGUGUGCGUGUGGCCACAAUCUAAGAACUACUGUGUGUGUGUGUGUGUGUCUCAGUGUGGACGAGAAUAGUAUUUUGAGGCGUGUUUGAGAAGGGAGGAAAGCUUUUCCGCUAAAAAUUAAAAUACUUAAGUGAAACGUAAGUGCCAAAAAAUAAAUAAAAGUAAACUAGAACAAACAAACAAACAAAAAAAACUAGCGGAAGUGGGGGCAGAAAAAGAAGAGACACGAGGAAAGGAAGUGGAUUCCCCCGGUGAUCGACUGAAAUUCAUUCCGAUCCGGGAAUAUCGAUCCUUCCUGUCCUUUCCACCAUUCAAACACACACACAUACAUACAACACCCAACACCUUAGCAGUGGUCCUUAGCAAUGCUCCUUUAAUGGUUUCCAAUUGUUUUCGAGGAAUUGUGUUAUUUUUGUUACAAAAAGCCUAUAACAACAGCAUAGCGCGCAGUGUUCCGUAUGCAUUCGAAAUUCGAACCUUAUCCCGAGCGAUAUGCUAAUAUUUGACCGAUGAAAAGACAUUACCGUACUUGUUUUGUUUGAUGAGGAUCCUUGCGCUUCUUACCUUAGACCAAUUUCGCUUAAUUCGCUAGACAAAAAGGGCAAUGUUAUUUCCCGAUGAUAGAUUGGGGGAGCGCAACUAGAAAAAAAGCAACAUAGAAUCCCCCAGUCUUUAGAGUAAUAAUAGGGCGGGCAAAGCAAAAUGAUGCUCCGAAUGCUGUAGUAGAAAAGCAAGCGAAAUAGCGAACGAAUGAAAUGAUCACACAAUCAAUCAGGGCCGGCACCUGUCGAAUUUUCGAUGUCUGGAAAACAGGGUUAAAAACAAUUACGGUGUUACUACACACUCACUCUCUCUCUCUCUCUCAAGCUGGCGGGGUGGGUUGUCUUGUACCUGCGUGGUGGCAUGCGGGAAAGAAAGCAAACACUGCUGUUACAAAGGAGAUAACGUGACCUGUGUCCCUCCAUGCGUAUGUGUGUAUGUAUGUGUGGGACGCACACACACACACAUUAAACGCACGUGCAUGGGGGAAAAAGCGAAAGUGGGCACGCCGCGUAUUUAAUAUUAGUGUUGGACUAGAUUAAAAUUAUAAACAAAAAACAAAGCAAAAACAAAAAAAGGAACAAUUUAUACUAAUGUGUUUGCACGCGCACCCUUUUUCCCUCUAUCAUGCCCCCCCCCCUCUUCCCACUUCCCACGAUCAAUGGCUCAAGAGUAGUAGUGAACGAAUUUAUUUAAUGUUGUAAUCUAAAACACUUAGAAGUCUUAUGCCUUGUAAUAACCAUUUAUAUAAUCAUAUACAUAUAUAUAUAUAGAUAUAUAUAGUAAACAAGAUACACGCGGGGGCUCAAUUCACACAGGGACGGGCGCACGGGGGCAGAGAAAUCAUUUACAUAGGCCGGGGGAGAACACCCGUAUCCAUAUCGUUCGUUUGUCAAUUGUGUAAAACCCAGCGUGUGCAAAGCAAACAACAAGCGACGACUUAUUUUAUAAUCUUUGUACACACACACACACACAAACACACACAUACAUACAGACAAAUGAAGCAACAAUAAUAAAACUUUACACGUAAAGUAAUUAAACAGAAAAGAAAUGCAUCUGCUACCAUGUCAUAUCUCCAUCAUAUCCACCGUAUUAUCCGACGAUGUUUCGACUGUUUCCAGAUUUUAGACCAUCGCAUUAUGUUUUCCACCUCUUUUUUUCUAAUUCUUCUCCCUUUCACAUAUCAUAUCAACUCGAAUAAUGAUACGCAACAAAAAAAGAAUAUCACGAAAAGGACACUCGAGAAUGAUAGUCGGCUACUCUCUCCGGAGCUUGGACGGCAGGCUCUCUUACACGGAGUGUGAGACCCUAAGGAUCGAGUUGAAAUAUACUUUUGUGCAUUUGUUUCUUGUGAAGUAGUAAUGAUAAAAUCAUACGUUCAUUCGUAGCUAGCAAUAGUUUAGCUCAUUUAUGUUUGUACAUUAAGUCUCAAUUGUUGGAGUAGAAGAGUGAAGUGUAGCGAGCUUUUAGCAAAAAAAAACGGUUACAUAUUUGCUUACUAAUCGACCACUAGCCCUGGUGGUGUGAGCAGCCAUUUUACGUUUUUAUUCCCCCCUCAACCUUGUUUGAGACGGCUUACAGAAGAACAGGAGAACGCAGUGGGAGCGAAACCGAGUUUCUUCUCCACCAUCUGACUUAUCCGACCGGAAGAAUUUAAUCGAAAAGCAAUAUGAUGCAGCACACAGAUUGAGCGUGGGAAAGAGCAAGCGAACGAGCAGCAAGUUUCCCUACUGUUUGUUGUUUAAUAUGCACCAGUUUUGUAUAUCCACUUGUAGCAAAAACAAACAGAUUCUCACAAUCGCAAAGACACAGAUAUGUAUAUGAUAUGCACCGUACAAGCAGCAGCACAGGCAGUCAAAGUUAAAAGCUAAAAAAGAACAUCCAUUUACAUUUCUGGAUCUGGUUAGAAUAAUUAUCUGAAAUUCCACCUCCUAACCCCUAAUCAUUUUGUAAUAAGCGAUCAAAUGCAUACCGCGAUCGUCGAGUAAGUCCACAGCAGCAGCGAUCUGUGUCACGUGGCAGCCCGAAAGGCACGCGAGAAGAAGGUGUCGCGGCGAGUGGCACCAAAUCAUGUCAAUCAAUAUCAAGAGCUUUACUUCCUUCCGAAGAACCGGAAGAUUCGGAAGAGGAUGUGACUUUGAAACAAUAGCGCGAUAGAGCAUGUGACGCGGUAGAAGGAGCGGAAUCGGCGCUGCUUAAUGGAGGCGCCUGGUUGUUUGAGUACCAACCCUGCCGUGCGUGUGUACGUGUGUGAUGUAGUUGUAGAGGAUUGAUGCUGAUAAUGCUUUCGCGACACGCACACACACAAAAUGGACAGUAAAAUAAGCAAAACUAAUCUUUAGACCCUUAAAGCAAUAGUUUGCGGAAACCGAGAUUAGGCAGGUUGGAUUGGAAGAUUGUUAAGGCAGAAUGACACAGACACACAAGCACACGACACAAUCGUUUUCAUAUCGAGUUCUCAUACUUUAAAAAAAAAUCAUAACAACUGUUGAUAUAGAUGUAUGUGUGUUUUACUGUGUGCGUGUGUGUCUUCAGAAUAGUAAUCGAUCGAAUAGUAGUAUUGAACCUUGAAACAAGAAAAGCAAGACAACACACUAGACAAUUUGGUAACUGGAACCCUACUGGUACAACAGAAAGCAAGCGAAAAAAAAGGGGCAAACCCAAAUCUACAUGUUAGGAUUAGUGAACGUUAAAUUAAGGUAACACAAUUGUGCGUAAGCUCUUGCAGACCGACAACCGAGCACGCGCGCCCGUUUGUAACAUUAGGGAAGCAAUAGUAGAUGCUGAGCUGUGGUGUCAGGUUUAUGUACACAGAAAGUAAAUACAAAAAAAAACAUUUAGCAAAAAAGUGAAACAAUGAAAGCAGCUGAUUAUUGUCUACACGCAGGACAUCCAUCUGGUGGCAGACAGAUUGGUGUGUAGUGCAAGCGGCAACUAGUAGCCGAAUAGUCGCAAGCGGUUUAAACGCCGUUGAGAAGCAGGAUGAUGUAGAGAGCGACAGCAGUAUAUGUGUGUGUGCGCGCCUUUUUUGAUUAUUUUUACUCAAAAGAAGGCAAAACACACACGCACACCGUAUAAAGGGCAACAAUAAAGUGUUAAAGUAAUCGACUAAGGGAUCAAUAACCAAAGAACAUUUCAUGAAAAUCAUCAAAACCAUACGUUGCAUUACACUUAUGAAAACACAACAACUGACUAACGGGAGGGACACAGCGCCCUGGGAAGGAUAGCUUAGACAACACACUGUGUGGACAACAGCAUUAAACGUGCAUGGUUUAGAUUUCAAUUCUCUUUUAAGAAUUUUGUUUAAUUAUAUAGGUUAUAUAGGUACAAGGAUUUGAUCCACGUAAGGGGAACGUUUCAUUCAGUUUAUGCAAGCAAAGUGAUGUGGUUUACAGACUGCUCUCCUAGCUAACUACUUAUUCUCUCAUCAGAAGCUACAAUCUGUUGUCGAUCUAAUAUACUGGCAUUUCUGACGAUUAAACCUCGUCACUUCAACUCAAUUUAUGUCUACCAAGCUCUGCUGCCCAUGGUGACGGCUUAAAACGACUUUGCAGCCUGGGUCGUCCGGUACCAUUCUCAUGACAUGUCCCGCCCACCGGAGUCUGGUGAGUCCAAUUCGCUGCAGCUCGUCAUUGUAAGACUAAAAGGAUUUGUCAGUUUUGGCCUCGUCUCAGAGGCUUGUAUGAGGACUGAGACUGGGGAUAAAUAUUCUAAUAUGGCCGAUUGGCAGCCAGUAUCCUUGCGUGUAUCUCAACAACAGCUGACUGUUGUACAGGGGCGAUCCGGUGGCCGAGGCGAAGACAAUGCCGGUCUUUACACGGCAGGACCGGGGUAUAAACCUUUUCUAGACGGCAUCUCUAUAGCAGAGCUUGUCUACCCUUCUAUGGGUAAUAUCAAGUCACAGAAAGCCAGAAAAGGCAGGCCGACACCUCUCGAGGAUAUAGUGCCAAGGAAGAAGAAGAAGAAGGUAACGUUUUGAACGACUGCAGAAAGGUACGAUCAUCUAUCUGUGCAUGUCCCCUGUGUAGAAUUAUAUUUACAAGCAAGUUUGCUUAGGAUCGCCAUCAUUUUAGUGAGUGCUUCGUUAAGCUACAAGAGAUAAUGUGCCGCUUGUUCGGUUCUUGGCUAAGCUUCUGCUAGAUAGGAGAGCUUCAAACCAAUGAUGUCUGUGUCAUCACCGUAUACCAGGAUCUGGAUUCGACUUGUAUCGGAUGGAUUGGCUCACAGAAGAUGGUCCGGGAUGUUUGAAAAUGUGAAACUAUACUAUAACAAGUUAUAAAAUUCCACAAUACGAUUGAAAAUUUCCCCAAACUGGAUGAACUGAUCCCCCCGGGAUAGGAUUCUCUGUUCAACAAUUUAUGGAUUUGAAGUGUCUUAAAUCUGAUGGAGAAUGCUAUUGGGCAUUCUGAUCUUUUUUAUUUCAUUUUCUUUAAUUUUUUUUUAUAUUACUUCAAAGAUUUGCAAACAGCAUGUAGCUAGAUGACAUUUAAGCACACUUUAUUUUACUAUCUCGCACACAAACAUACAUUUACAGCAUGCAAACAACACAACCACAUUGGGACAAGCACACUUACUUACAAAGACAACACACGAUGAUGAUGAUGAUGAUGAUUAUAAGUGAUAUAUGUGAUGAAUUUUGUACAUUGCUUUCGUUUUUUCACUAAGAACGCAUAAAGGGCUGUGAUUUUAGUGGUAGAUGUAAACAAGGCGAAAGACGAAACAAAAAAGAAAAACAGUGAAGCGUUGCAAAGAAACAAACAAACAAACAAGAAACACACACAUACACACUCACCGAUGAUGGAAAAAUUGAUGCAAAAAACACACACACACACACACAAAUACAAAUACAAAGGCAAAAAAUAAGAAAUGUGGUGUAACGCUUAGCGGGAACUGAAUAGGGGACGAUAAGUGGAGGGUGAAGAAGGGUAAAAGGAUGAAAAGCAGAAGGAAAAGUGUAACUAAAAAAAAAACGGAGACGAAAGGGCAACACACAUCAAGCUGAAUCUAACACUAACAGGUUAGAAAAGUGCGCAUUGGAAGAGUUCGUUUUUACUUUUAUACUUGCAUUGCAAGUGGAAAGCAAUUUUUAAGGAAAAAAUCUACAUUUUUAAAGGCUUGAUGUGGUUUUUUUUCCUUUGAGUGUGACAUCGCACACCGUUAAUUUCUCCUCUGAGCUUCUGCUAUCAAGCACCUAUGAUGAAGCUUCUUUGCUAAAUGCGGUAUAAGGUUCUACCUUCUUCAUCUUCCAUUGCCUGAAGCACCGCCAAGAGAAAGGAUAAAAACCCAGAAAACAAGUACAGCUGGCAUAGACAGAUAGUUCCAUUUCCCCAAAUUUAAACCUGCAAAGCGAACAUUUCCAUCGUUACAAAAACAACCCAACUAUGGCCCAACGGUGCAGCUGUGCAAUCACACCUACAAACACACACACACCCACAAACACACACACCAACUCCACCAACUCUACUAUCUACUACGGAUAUUGUAAAACCAAAAACAUCGGCUCGUGUUGUGUGUGUGUGUGUGUGCAUGUGCGUUUGUGUAUAGCACGCAAAGAACAACAACAACCACCACCACCACCACCACAACCACGAAGAAACGAAGACGACGACGCGAGCAGAUAUCUAAACCACGUCCCUUUAUGUGUAUAUCUAUAGUUCGUUCUAACAGCAAACAGAAUCUUGCUUGCUUGCUUACUUACUACACGUUCUCGUUUAGCUUAGUUGGUUUAGUCCAGUGUUUUUAAUCUCUGCUUAACAUUACUAAGCUUGGCACGUGAUCAUGCUUACCCACCACGUCGUGUAUCCCACUUCCAAGUGAUGCAACCAGACGCUAGAGGGCUAGAUUCCCUGUUUCCCAGUGAACGACAAAUUCACUCAUUUAGACGAGUGUAUAGAGACCCAAAUGUAAUAAUAAAGAACAAAACCAUCCCUUUUUUGGUAGGUAUUAGCUGCCGAACACAUCAUCCAAACUCAUAGACAGUUAGAGCUAAAGGAUCGAUCGGUAGGAUCGAGCAGGACCGGGAUUCAAAGCCCAUCUGGACCGUUCCCCCGUAGUGAGGACUGACUAUCUAACUAACGUGCUACCCUAACAACGGCAUGAAGAUCGAUCGAUAACAAGGAUAGAUCACCUUACAAAUGGCUGAAAAUAAUACAUAGUGAUCGCGAACCAUACUAACACAAACUAUCUUAUAUUGGUUGAUCGCAGGAUUACUUCCCCCGCACCUGUUCUCCGAUCAGCGUGUGGUGUCCUUAUCCUGCCGUUUUUUGUUGUCGUGGUCUGAAAAUGAUCAGCUUUUCUGCAUUGGAAUCCGUGAGUCAUUUGAAUUGGUUUUGGUUUUCCUUUUCGGCAACUUGUGCCAAAUUUGGAAUUAGGAACUAAGUAAAACUAUUAAUUCUUUUUUUUACAUUCAAUUAAAUGUGUUUCAAAAGACACAAAUUUAACGGAAAAGACGACUGCAAAAAUUCCACCAGAAAAGUAGAACAAGAAAGAACGCAGAUGAGAACAAUACAAAUAAAUGCGAACAAAAGCAUAACUCUUGCUUUCGGGAGAAAAGUGCUUUACAAGUGAGAGGACAUAUUUUCGUUUCAAUUUAUAGUGUUACUAGUUAGUGUUAGUUCACACUGGGAAAGAAAUUGCAAAGAAAUAAGCGAAAAGUACAGCAGAAAGCGCAUUGUUGGCAUUGUUUUUACUUAUUUGGUUUCUCAUUACUUGCUGUAUAUGUUGAUAAGAAAACAAAAAAGCAAUUCAUGUGCGAAGCUUAUUGAACAUAAUGAACCCUUCAAUCAUCCAGAUAGAGAGCUUUGUUCUGUUCUGUGUUUGAAACGACCUGGACGUAUUGCUCAGUUUAGCUGUUUGAUCAACUAACAAACUAACACCUUCGAAUCGGACAUCGGAUACGAAUCCAAUUCAACAAAAGAUCUCCUCAGGCACACUCACACGCUGAUUGUUAAAUUUGAAUGAUUAUAAAACUUUAAACACAUUUAACAACAAUACAAACCAAUCAUCACCAUCUCGACCCUUACGAUCAAUUUUACACGAGCAAUUGAGACUGAUUUAAUUUCAAAAUUUUAUUAACGCCCUUUUAAUAAAUUGCGACAACACACGCUUUUUCCCAUCGCUUCUUAUACCUUCUUAGUUAGAUUAAUCAUAAGACCGUUGCUAAGUGUAAAAGUGUUUUAAACUGUAAGAAGAGUGGCUUAAGGCGACGAGCACCACACACAUACACUUUUCACGAGUUUCCUUUUUAUCUGUGUUUGCUUGAAUAAGUUCGUUUGUUCUUCUUUCUCUUCGUCGGACUGAGUUUUGUUUUUUUCUUCCACCAUUGUGUGCUCUUUAUUCGCUCGCGGUAAUAUCUUUAUUAUGUUUUGUCUAUUUCACUUCACAAUAAAAGACUUUUCAAUUGAAUUGUUGGUGUUGUGUAUUUUUAUUUCUUGUUUUAAAAUUAUUUCACCCCUUUUUUCAGCUUCUUUACAAAUUUAUUUUUAAUUUUAAAUUUUCUUGCAGCGCAAAAUAAAAGAAGCAUGCGUGUGUGACCAACUGCGACAACUCAAAUGAUGAUAUAGGCAACAACAAAGCAAAAACAAAAACGAGGUUUCAACAGACAAAGCAAUUGCAAUUAUCAAUAAUGGAACACAACUGCAACGACAGGUACAAGUUUCAAAUUUUCUUACAUUGUUUACCAUAAGACGAUCGUUUCCCCAUUUGAUUGUUUCUCAAUCCCUCAUUUUCCCCCCUUUUUUGUGAGAGCAUAAAUUGUAUACUUUCUAAAGCAAGCGGAUAUGGAGUAUAAGAACCGGGAAGAGUUAAGUUUAAAAAAGACGAAAAAUGAUUGUUUAAAAAAAAGCAAACAACCUGUGUUUUACGACUGUACAACCAAAACACACACAGCUAGUGCAAAUUUGUAAAAAGAAAAAACAAUCAAUGAGACGCAAAAAAACCGCAAACAACACGUAUAUACAGGACAAGACAAAAGGAAUGGGGAAAAAAGAAAAACAAAAAGGUAAAGCAAGAAGGGAGGGGGGAGAAGAAGUAUUUUGAGACGAUCUCGAUGUAUUCUUACUGAGUCUUGUCAUAAUUUACAACAAAUAACAACAAACAAACAAAGAGAAAGAGAGAGAGAGCGAGAGAGGAGAGAGAAGAGCAGAAAAACACAAGAGAGAUAUAAAAAAGAAGCUUUACAUUUAAUUGAAAUGUUUUAUACUUAUCAUAUACAGUUUAGGGCAAUUAAACGGGGAUGAAGAAGAUUCUGCUGGUGCCAAAACCAAUUUGAGUGUGUGUGUGUGUAAGAAGGAAGGGGUAGAGAUUUGCUGAGUUGCGCGUGUAAAUCGGCAAAAAGGUGUGUGAGUCGUUUAGUGAAAAUGAUAAAUUAAAUAUAUAUCUACAUAUAGAAAUUGAAUAUAUACACAAUAUACAAAUCUAUAACAGAAGAAAAAAAAAAACAAAACAAAAAAUAACAAAAUUAUAUAUAUGCAAAUCAGUGCAACAAAACAUAGACCUGAAGUAGCUGCUCAGCAGAUUGGGAAGACGGACGGACAGGAUGGGCACAUCCACGACGAUGUGACUAAAGGAGGAAGGAAAACAAGUUACGGAAAAUGCUUGGAAGAAAGAAAAAUAAAGAAAAAGUGCUGCAAACGACAGACACUCCCAGAGAAAGGCAAGAAAGAAAACAAUAACAUGAACAAACAAAAAACAUAAGCAAACACUUUGCCAAACAGUCAACUAGGGACUGAAAGUGAGAAGAAUUAGAAAAUGUAGCUAAAAGAAGUAAAAUGAAAGCGCUUAACGGCGAAAAGCAUACAUAUUACACAUACAAGACAACACGGAGCAACAAAUGAUAAAACGUACACUAGCGGGAAAAAAACUGUAGUUUUUUUAUACACAUGCAUAUUCUUAGCCAAACUACUAGCGGAGCAGAGUAGAGUAGAAACGACCGACGAAAAAGGGGGCCGGUGAACGAUGAACGCUCUCGGAUAAUAGCAACGGUAAAGGCAGGCAGGAGAAGCUGAAGCUGAACUCGAAACAUUAUGUUGCAAGUAAAUUGAACCAUUCUGCCCCUACCUGUGGAACCUUCUCACGGCAUCUUCCCAGGCAAAUUGCAAGGUCCACCGCGCGCACACACACACACUUUUUGAAGCCAAUUUGUUGUUUACAGGAGUGAAGAAAAAAUUCAAAAUCACACAUAAUCACUACGACAAAAAAAAAUACCGAAAACAUACAAAAGGCAAACGAACGAUAUAUAAAGGAGUAAACGAGAUGGAGGAAAGCAUACCGAACAAACCAAAAAAAAGGAAGGAAACAACCAACAUAAACCGGAAUACAGGAAUUUUUCAUAAUGUGAAAGUUGUGCCAAGUUUUGCCCAAGUUUUUUCUAUUUGCUGGAAACAUAAAAGAUAUUCAAUAUAUAUUAUAUAUAUACACGCAAACACACACACACCCACAUUAUUGCCACUUAAUAACCGUUGUGUACCGCUGGAAUAAGCUAAAGCUCUUUUAUAGGUUAUAAGAAGGAUAACACAACAUAUCUAUCGUCAAGACACAAGCGCACGCAAAGGACAUACACUAUUUGCUCUUUCCCGUACAGUUAAAACACACUUACACAUACAUAUACAGCAUUACAAACACAUCAAAUGGAACGAUCAAUUCCAGAAUGUGAGCCGAAGAACGAGGAUUUUAAAAUUCAAAAUUUUCUGCACCUCUGGAUGGAAAUUUUUAAUGCAAUUUUGCCCACACAUUUACACCUUCGCAACACUUUUGUGCACUUGCAAGAUACGUAAACGUUGUUUAAAAUUCUUUACUGCACACCAACUGUGUGUGUGUGUGCUUCCCGUUUUUGUCCCGUUGCUGAGGGUUUGCUGUUAUCGAGGGUGAAGAACCGCCCCGGUGCACGUUAUUCAAUUCAAUCUUAUUAGCUAAAGAUGAACAUUCUGCAUGUGGUUUUGUGCACUAACCGUGUGUGGCACACAAAAAUUGGUGGGAAAAUAAAGUUUGCAUUUACAAAGGAAUACAUUUUUAAAAGAGUGAUUUUUGCGACCACAGAUUGAAAUGCACCUAUUGAAAGAUAUCCAAUUUGCACUUUAUCAAAGAGAAGAAAUCGAUCGUUGAGCGCAGCUACUCAUCGUUUGUUGGGUGGAUAAAGUAAGAAAGAAAAAAAAAUAUCGUGAUAAGGAACAAUGAGGGAAGAACCCAUUUCUUAAAUGUGAUUUGCUUCUUCUCAAUGUGUGCGUGUGUGUGUGUCUUUUUGAGUGAUUCAAAGAUCGUUCUAUCAAUCGAUGUAAUAGUAAAGCACCACACUCACACACACACACUUGCCAUCAGAUUUUGCAUGUGAAAGUAUUAUCGAACACAACAUUUCAAACUAAAUCUUCCGUACAUGGUGUUAACAGCAAAACAUGAGAUACCACACAGAGAAACCCCGAAUUCCGCCACCCACCACCCGCCUGAUUAUUGCAAAAAAGGAACUGAGAGCAUAGAAACCCAUCCUCUGCGCGCCGUUCUACGUUUUGGGUUUGGCUUUUUCGAACGAUUGGUUGAAAACAAAUGAGUCAAAGAGAGAGAGAGAGAGAGAGCGAGAGAGAGAGCGAGCUGGGGAAAAAUUGGGGAAAAAGCCCCCGUUUUGUUGUAAUAAUUACCGGCAAAAAACCAGAGAAAGGGAAAAAUGGUUUAAGCAAGACAAAAAAGUAAUAAGCAAAAACAAAACAAAACGCGAGUAGUUGUAGUAAAAUGGGUAAAUCACAUUGUAAGCAAGCAAAACAAGCUGGAGCAGGGCGGAAGGAACGUAAAAUUUAGUGUCGUAAUGAAAAUGAAAUUAGGAAUGCAUGGCAAUCAUACAAAUAGAGCUUCUUUUUUAAUACAACAAGAGGAAAAAAAAACAAAACACACACACACUUACACACAGUUUGCAUACGAUGAAGUUGCGGUAGUAAAAACAAAGCUUAAAACAAGUAGUAAAUUAAACAAGGCACAACCAGACGUUUGUAAGCACACACACGAACGCGAAGCAAUGGAAAUCCACACCGAAGUAGAGAUCGAAGUAGACCAAACAAACGAGGGGGGCGUGGUCGAGGUGUGCAUUUAGUAGGGUUAGGGCAAGUAGAAGCUGCCCGCUUACUAAGAUACAAAAAUGACAGAUCGAUCUGACAGCUCGAAGGACGCCAUCAGUAGACAGGGUUAGCAUCCGUUGUUCGGGCGUAACGGAAAGAAAUUCAAAGUUUUACGUUCGGCAAAAGCAAAAAUACUCUUCCUUGUUUCCAACCUGUGGAAGAGAACUUAAACAAAAAGCCAGAACAAUAUACCGACGAAAAGCUUGUUCCCCAUGUGUCUAUAGUGAAGCAUAAGGUGGACCGCAUAUGUUUAACAGCUCACCAGUGAGGGGAAAACUGUCAUCCACUUCGUCAAUCCAAGUGCUUCACGUGCGAACGAGUGUGUUUGGAGUAGCGAGGAUGUUGUAGCAAAAAAACCUUAAAACAUAAACACAAAUUUCACAACAUACCAGCAGAAGAUAAACAAAAGAAAAAAA